AUUCAGUCACCCACAACUUACUUCACGCUUAUCCUCAGUUUAUAUCUAAAAUUAAGCAUAAUACAUACAUACAUCUCUACUCAAAUCUGAUUCAAAGAAUUACACAUGGAAUCUAUUGAUGACCCUUCCUGGCUGACGCAACAAAAGUUUCAAAAACUCCUAGGUUUUGGUGCAUAUGGUCUGAUUUUCGAAACCAGUGAUACCACAUCCAUCUUCGAAGUUAAAGUCAACUUUUUAAAAUUAGAAAAUGCCACCCCUAUGAAAACCUUGGCUGCACCGUUUCACCUACUCAAACCGAUGCAUCACAAAAAUUUGACGAAAAUUUACAACGUAUCCUUCAAAGACUGGAAACUCGAAGAGAUUAAAAUUUUACUUGCAAAAUGUGAAAAUCAUCUCACUUUUCAUAGACUAUCACUCAACCUUUUCUGCAUGAAUGGGCAAAUUCCUCCCUCUCUGUGUGUACAAAUUGAAACUUGUGGCCCAGACUUGUGGUCGUGGUUGCAAAUUAGAAAAACAUUGGGUACAAAAUUGUUCGAAGUUCAGUACGAAAUCAUUUCCGGAAUUCUGGACGGAUUGAAAUAUCUCCACCAAAAUAAUAUCGUGCAUCGUCACAUCUGUCCGGAAGCUGUCUUGUUUUCCCACACGUUAACGACCGAGUUUAUUCUGCCCGUAAAAGUUUCAAGUUUUCAAUUUUGCCGCCGUAUAAAUUGUUAUGAUCAAGACGGAGGUGAAUUUAGUAAGGAUCCAAUGGAUAAUUUCUUUAACGAAUAUCAAGCACCAGAAGCCUACUCAAGCUCAAGCAGGGAUACUUGCACAACGACGUUCGACGUAUUUUCGGCGGGGCUUCUCUUCCUGGCCGUGCUGUUACCGCCGGAUAAGAAAAUGUCGUCUGGAAUGUACUAUGAACUAGUACAUGAAAAUGACACCAGUGUUGUACCUGACCAUCCCGAAAUUGAAAAUGCGAAAGACUUGAUUAUUCAGAUGACACAGCGACGUCCCGCCGAUCGCUUGCAAAAUCUUGACCAGGUGCAAUUCAGACGACAGCCCGUUUCCGUACACACGUCCCCCGGUCCAGGGAUCGGGCUACAUAUUUCUGCAGAAUUGACAUGGUUGGAUGAAACACAUGUUGAAAAUUUCCUUGGCUCAGGAUCAUUCGGAUUUGUGUUAGGAACACGAAGUAAGGAAGCAAUUAAAUUCAUUUUCCUGUCAGAAACGGACGGACCGGAACGGGACGUUGAGCGGAAACAGGUUACCCGAGAGUACAAUACAAUGGUGUUGGCGAAAAAUCAUGCUAAUAUUGUGCAAAUUUUGGCAUGUUCUGAACAGCUUUUCACGUCAGAAUCCCUAAAUGAUACGCUUAACACGGUUCCGCUACCGAAAGAAGUUAAUGAUUCGAUUUAUAUGCUAUCAGCGCGUGCCAGAAAGCAGAAAAUUACAAUUCCAGCGUUCACCAUUAAGAUGGAACUAUGCGGAAGUUCUUUGAGGGAAUGGUUAUCCGAAAUGCAUAAUAAGCCGGGUACCCCAUCCAUGCAAAAUUUUCAAAUCGAGAUUGUGUCAAAUUUACUGACGGGAUUUAGAUAUCUACAUUCUCACAAAAUUAUACAUCGCGAUUUUAAACCGGAAAAUGUUUUGUUCUCUUAUUCGCCAAAUCAGAAAUACAUACUGCCCGUUAAAAUUGGGGAUUUUGGCCUGGCUCGAUUUUUACUACAAGUUUCCGAAGAAAAAUUGACGUCUCGAGUGGGAACGAAUUCAUAUCGAGCACCGGAAGCGGAGAGGUCUUUUUAUGGGGUACAAGCCGACAUAUUUUCACUAGGCUUGGUAUUUUGGGAGGUGCUGCAGCUACUCGAUCCAAAAGUGAGGAGGUCAAUGUUUUACAAGUUGGUGCACGACUAUGAAAAUCAUCCCUUGCUUGUGAAAGACCAUCCAAAGUUGGUGAAUGCGAAGGAUCUAGUGGUCAACAUGACGAAACGGCUGCAUCGCGAAAGGCUGCAAACCAUGGAGGAUGUGGUUCUACAAUUGUGCUAGGUCGAGUUUCAUUAUAAGAAAGGACCACCGUUGAAAAUGAAGCCUCCUAAUUUCAGUUUGGCCGACCAUUGGUGACCAUAAAAAUCCCGGCAUCUUCAUUCAUGCCAUGAAUAUUUACAUAAGUACUUAAAUUUGCAAGUAAAUUGAUUAGCAGAUUGAGCUUUUAAA